AUGGAGUGUGUCCACACUGCGACUGAAGGGAUCGCUAGUCUUACAGUAUUAAGGUGCCGUAAGCAAUACGAUAGAGAGGCAGCCGUCUAUCCCAAGAAGAACCUUCUCCAGCUCUGCCAUGGCAGAAACCCACCGCAUCUUGGCAUUGCCAUACAUAACAAUAGUGAUAUAAAGCGGCACGCAGGAGCGCAUGUGGAAUAA